CAGGAUGUCGUUCGGUAACAGGAUGUCGGACGACGAGGAUCAAAGGGCACUGGCGGUCAAGACGACUGCGGCCGUCUUCAUGCCGAUAGCAACCAUAGCAGUCAUGCUGCGCUGCUAUGUACGAGGAUGGAUCGUGAAGGGAUUUGGUUGGGACGAUGGCGCAAUGGUGUUUGCAGCUUUAUUCUAUAUUAUGUUCUCGGCUUGCAUGAUUGGUGGUACUCUUUACGGCACUGGACGGAAAUUUGAGAACCUUACAGCGCACCAGCGUGUAACAGCAAUGAAGUAUUGGUGGCUCUGCGAAGUUGCUUAUUGCUUCGCCUCUAUUGGAUGCAAAAUUUCCAUCAGCGUUUUCCUUAUGCGAAUUACCGUCAAACGAUCACACAUCUGGACUCUCUAUACUGUCAUGAUCCUAACAGUCAUUGCCGGACUCGUCUUCUUCUUCCUUAUGCUCUUGCAGUGUAAGCCACUGUCUUAUUUCUGGACUCGAACCGCCAUGGACCCCGAAAUCGAGGGUUACUGCAUCAGUAUCAACAUCAUCAUCAUCAUGACAUACAUAUACAGUGCAUUUGCUGCGCUUUGUGAUUUCACUGUUGGAAUCCUGCCCAUUUUCCUUGUCGCCAAGCUGCACAUGAAGCGAGAGGCGAAGCUGGCCGUUAUUGGCAUUUUGAGCAUGGCUUGCAUUGCCUCUUCGGCUGUGAUUAUCCGUUUCCCCUUUGUGAAAACGUUUGCGGAUGCUGAUUUCCUUUAUGCGACUUACCAAAUCGCCAUCUGGUCCAACAUCGAGGCUGGUCUGGGUAUCACCGCCGGUAGUCUCGCUACGCUCCGUCCCUUGCUCCGGAAAUGGCUUGGCUCUCGAAACGACUCAAGAUAUCCUUCUGGGUUUCCCAACUCCGGGCGUCUAGGCGCAAACAGCAACUCACGACCGAUGCCGCUUGGGUCGAUGGAUGGAUCUAGGCAGAAGGGCUUGAGGCCGGAUAAAUUGGCUGUCAUGGUGACGAACAUCGAAAGCCAAAGGGAUACGGAGUUGACAUGGGGAGGGUCGACCAGCCCCAGCAGCAGUGAGGAAAGACUCACUACUGAGCACACGAUUCCAGCCUCAAGGAAGAUGGACAUUGGUAUCCAUCAGACAUUCGAAGUCACACAAACCACAGACGGCUAUGAUGCAGAGGGUUCUCAUCGCCUGGCGAGGGAACAUGUAUAG